ACGCCAUGUUUAUUUCUCUUCCGUCCGUCAAUUCGUUGCCGCGGUAAGAUUUUUUUUGUAGGUUAUUUCUUAUCUUAGCGUCUCUAGUACGCCGCGUGUUGUGCUUCGAAGAAAUUGACAAAUAGCACCAAAGCGGUAUUUAUGUUGAAAAUGGGCAAGAAAGUGAGGGAAUAUAAGUCCGGCGACUUUAUAUUUGCGAAAGUAAAAGGAUAUCCGGCAUGGCCCGCAAGAGUACAAAGACCCAAUGGAAAAAAAUAUUUUGUAUAUUUCUAUGGGACCGGGGAAACUGCGAACCUAGCGCCGAACAUGAUAUUCGACUACGCGGAAAACAAGGAAAAGUUCCUCACGAAAACGGUGAAGCGGCGCGACUUUAACGACGGCGUCAAGCAGAUUGAAUACGACUUCGCCAACAACGUGCCUUUGGAGCAGGUCAUUGGUGUACCUGUUGAGGAGUCAGCUGAAGUUGUCAACGACGCGGCAAACGACACAACUAACGAGAGCGCCGACGACACAGUGGCGGACACCACGGCGGCCGACGACACUGCCGCUGACGAGAGUGCAGCAAACAUACCGCAGAACGAGACAGGUGUGGAGGAUUCGGACGAGACUGGUGCACUCGUUAUUGACGAGGGAAAGGUAAUUCCAAAAGGAAGGAAAUCCAAAGUAGAAGCUGCUAAGACGCCGGCUAAGGAACCUGCCAAGCCGAUCAAAGAACCUAAGACUCCGCGCGGGAAAGCCAAGAAGGAGGAAGCCAAAGAGGACGAAGAAGAAAAGAAGGAUGAGGAGUUGGUCAGCAGGAGUGGUAGAAAGAUACGACCUAAGAGGUAUAUAGACGAACAGACGGAAGACAACACAACGCUGCCUUCUCCAGCGCCAAAGAAGCGGCGCGGCGCCUCGCCCGCGUCAGACAAGGACAAGGAGAAUGUGAAAGAGAAGCAAGAUAAGGACAAGACUGUCAAACAUUUCAACGCUGUUUCACAGUCCGAGUUAGAAGACUUGAAAGAACCAUUUAAACCAGAAGAUCCAGAGAAAGACAACAUCUUGAUAGCAUAUCUGCCGAACGGUCAGUACGUGGGCAUCAAGCUGUUCCAACCGAAACCAGCCAGCUUUAAAAACGAGUCCACGAGGCUGCAAUGGGACAAACAAGCGGCCACCAAUGCCAUCACACUCAAGAGUCAGUUGGAAAAGGGUCAAAUCACAGCACAGUCGGUGUUGGGCCAGCUCGUCAUGGAUCUGAAUUUGACUGAUGAAGAGAAAGCCACGUUAGACAAGGAACGUGAGACUGAAGAGAAAAAAUCCCGCGUACAGUUCCUGAAAACAGAGAUGAAGUUGAUAGAAUUGGAGGCAAAGAUAAAAACGUGCCUGUGUUUAGAGAAGGCGGACACCGAGCUGUGCCUGAAGCUGUUGGCCGAGAUGAUGGAGUUGGAAGUAAAGCCGUUGAUGCUGCUCAAACACCCGACGUGCCUGGAGACGGUGAAGCGCAUGCGCGCGUACGUCGGCAACACCACCUCCUGGGACCUCAGCGAGAGCGCCGCGCUGCUGUUCAGCAAGCAGGCCCAUCUCAUAAGGGUCCAGGCGGAUACAUUGUACAAGAAUAUGAAGGUAAGUGGACAAGUUUUUUAUAAAAUUAUAACUAUAGGUCGAUUAUUUAAAGCUGGUGUACACUUUUAAAUUUCGCGUGUAUGU